AUGGCGGUUUCGACCAGCUCUUCGCCUCCUCCGGCCAUUCUUCAGGCCGCAGAUCGCCGCCGUGCGGUCUCCCCUUCCUCCUCCGGUUCCGUAACUAAGUUGGCCGACGACGAAACAGACACUAAGACGCUGCUCUCCAGGGACGCCAAUUUGGUUUCUGCACAGCAUCACCACCACCAACAGCAACCGCGUCGACGUACGGUGGCAAAGCUGAGACGGCCUCAGAGGCAGAAGUCCUUCCGUCAAGACAUCGGCCACGCAGCCUGCGAAACUUACCUCGUCACUCGACUCGCAAUCAAGCUUCUCCGAUACCUCGGGCUAGGUUAUCGAUGGAUCACGAGAUUAGCCGCUCUUGCCCUUUAUGCAAUGCUUCUAAUGCCUGGCUUCCUUCAAGUUGCAUAUUACUACUAUUUUUCAAGCCAGGUGAGGCGUAGCGUCACAUAUGGUGACCAACCCAGAAACCGGUUGGAUCUACAUUUUCCUGCAAACAUUGAUGAACCAAAGCCAGUGGUCAUUUUCGUAACUGGUGGUGCUUGGAUUAUAGGUUACAAAGCAUGGGGUGCAUUUCUUGGGAAGCAGUUGGCAGAGAGAGACAUCAUUGUUGCAUGCAUCGAUUACAGGAAUUUUCCCCAGGGAACGAUCGGUGAUAUGGUAACAGAUGCGUCUGAAGGAAUCUCAUUUAUCUGCAGCAACAUCUCUGCAUAUGGAGGUGACCCUGACAGGAUCUAUCUAAUGGGGCAAUCUGCUGGUGCGCAUAUUUCUUCAUGUGCUCUCUUGGACCAGGCUUUUAAGGAGGCAAAGGGAGAGAAGGGCACAUGCUGGAGUGUCUCCCAAAUAAAAGCCUAUUUUGGUUUAUCUGGAGGGUACAACCUAUUAAAGUUGGUUGACCAUUUCCACAACCGUGGUCUGUAUCGCUCCCUUUUCUUAAGCAUAAUGGAAGGCGAGGAAUCAUUGCCUAAAUUUUCGCCUGAAGUUAGACUAAAAGAUCCAAGUGCCAAAGCUGCCGUUUGUCAUUUGCCACCCAUCGUCCUUUUUCAUGGAACUGCGGACAGAUCAAUGCCACCAUGCGCGAGUGAGGAUUUUGUAGAUGCUCUUCAAAGCUUAGGGGCUAAGGCGGAGCUUGUUCUGUACAAAGGAAAAACUCAUACUGACUUGUUUCUGCAGGAUCCUUUGAGAGGUGGCAAAGACGACUUGUUCGAACACAUAGUGGCCGCAAUACACGCUGGGGAUGCAGAAGCUCUUGCCAAAGAUGCCAAGGCACCUGCAAGGAGACGGCUGGUUCCAGAGGUUUUGUUAAGGUUGGCUGGGCACAUCAGCCCAUUUUAG